AUGAUAACAAGUAUAACAUUGUUUUCUAUAAUAUUAAUGUUUCAAUAUAAAUAUCAUGAAGUUUUAUCAGUAUAUAAUAAUGAUAUAACGGUACAUCAAAGUAGUAAAUUAUAUUUAGCUCGUUUAUUAUUUGGUAGAACAAGAAGCAGAAUAACUGGGAGAUUGUUAGAUAUAGAAAUCCCACAUGGUUAUCGAUUAUUUAUUUAUAAUCUAUUAAUAAAAUAUAUGAGUAUAAAUAAAAAUGAAAUAAAAUAUCCUAUAGAGUCAUAUAAAUCUAUAAGUGAAUUAUUCUCAAGAUAUAUUAGAGAAGAGACUAGACCUAUCGAAGAUAUUAGUGAAUAUUCAAUAAUUAGUCCAUGUGAUAGUGAAAUAGUUGAUUUUGGUGAAUUAAAUCAAAAUUUAAAUAAUGUAAAAGGUAUAAAUUUUAAUGUUGAAACAUUUUUAGGUGUUAAUUUACAAAAAAAAUAUAAUGAUGAUACAACCAAGUUUUAUUAUGCUAUUUUUUAUUUAAGCCCUAAAAAAUAUCAUCAUUUUCAUGCUCCAUUUGAUUUUGCUUAUAAUAUGAGAAGACAUAUAUCUGGUGAAGUAUUUCCAUUAUUUAAAGGAAUGUUUAAAUUUAUAAAUAAUAUAUUUAAUAUUAAUGAACGAGUUAUUUUAGGUGGGGAAUGGAAAGGAGGUAAAGUAUAUUAUGCAGCUAUUAGUGCAUAUAAUGUCGGCAAUAUAAAAAUAGUAAAUGAUGAUGAAUUAAUUACUAAUAAUUUAAGAACACAAUUGUCAUAUAUAGGGGGUGAUAUUGAUACUAAGUUUUAUGAAACCCACAAAAAAGUAGAAAUAGGUGAUGAAGUUGGUGAAUUUAAAUUAGGGUCAUCUAUAAUACUUAUUUUUGAAAAUAAAAAAGAUUUUGUAUGGGAUGUUAAAGAAAAUCAAUCUGUUUCAGUAGGUCAAAGAAUUGGUGGCAUUAAUAUGCCAGUGCCUCCUAAAAAUAAAGUAAUUAAAAUUAAAAGUUGA